CUGUCCUUAAAAUUGUGUCAAACAAACAAUUCAAUCAUGUCACUCAAUCACAAAUGUUCAUAAAUCCCUUCCCUUCCAUUCCUCUUGAUAUCUUGUUCAACUCUCUUUCUUCCUCCUUCCCUUUCUUUAGUUUGGUAUAUGUAAUUAUUAGUAACAGAUCAUGCAGGGCUUCAAGCUGAGUGAUAGCAAGAUCCUAAGGAAGAUAUUAAGCAGGAAUUCAUCGGAGACCAAGCGAGAAAUUUCUAGUUCGAAUCAAACAUCAAAAAAUUCAUCAAGACAAUUCUAUCAUCAAACCAAAGAGAUCUUUGUUGGUUCAUGGAACAUUGGAGGCAUUGCACCACCUCAGAAUUUGAACAUUGAAGAUUGGCUUGACACACAUAAUGAUUAUGCAGAUAUUUAUGUUCUAGGGUUCCAAGAAAUUGUACCUCUAAAUGCAGCAAAUGUAUUAGGUCCACAGAACAAGAAAAAAUCUAUGAAGUGGAAUUCACUUAUUGGAGCAACCCUUAACAAUAAGAAACCAAUAAAGAUAGUUGAAGAAGAGAAAAAAGCAGAACCUCAGAAGGUAUAUCCUUUGAAGGAACAAGUGUGUGAAGAAUUUGAAAAUGUUGAUGAUUUUCAAUGCAUCAUAAGUAAGCAAAUGGUAGGAAUGUUCAUUACUAUUUGGGCAAGAUGUGACCUUUAUCAACAUAUCCAGCACUUGAAUGUCUCAUCUGUUGGCUGUGGGAUUAUGGGUUGCUUGGCAAACAAGGGUUCAAUAUCAAUUAGAUUUGUGUUGCAUGAAACAAGCUUUUGCUUUAUAUGUAGCCAUCUAGCUUCUGGUGGGAAAGAAGUAGACAAGAGACAAAGAAAUGUUAAUGCGGCUGAUAUUUUGUCCCAUACAAGCUUCCCUGCAGGUCCUCUCCAUGAUAUGCCUCAAAACAUUAUUGACCAUGAUCGAGUUGUGUGGCUGGGAGACUUGAACUACAGGAUAGAUAUGCCACACUUUGCAACACAUUCAUUGAUCAAGAGAAGAGAAUGGGAAACCUUGUUGAAACAUGACCAGCUUAAGAUGGAGCUUAAAGAGGGUCAUGUAUUCCAAGGCUGGCAUGAAGGAGCUAUAGAGUUUCCACCUACAUACAAAUACCUUCCAAAUUCAGAUGAUUACAUAGGUUGUGAUGAGAAUCACAUGAGCAAAAAGAGACGUUCCCCAGCAUGGUGUGAUAGAAUAAUAUGGUUUGGAAAGGGCAUGAAUCAAAUCCAAUAUAACAGGAGUGAGUCUAAAGUUUCUGAUCAUAGACCGGUAAGAGCAAUGUUCACAGCUGACAUCAAGGUUGCAGAAGCAAAUUGUAAAUGAAAAUGAUUCAAAAUUUUGCAAAGGGGUUUCAUCCAAGAGAUUUCAGUUUUAAUUGUAUACCAUUCUUUGAAAGAGGUUUUAGGAUCCUAGAAUGGAGCAUAUGAUAGCUUAAAUCUUUGAGAGAUGUGUUCUGUUUUGUCAGAUUUUUGUACUUAGAGAACACAUAGGGAAGCAUUAGAAAGAAUAAUUUACUCUAAUUUUGAGGGGGUUGUUAUGAAACAUUCCCCUCAAACUGUUAAUUAAUGAUGCAUGUGUUUUACUCAAAUGUUGGAAUUUUUGGUAUCAGAACAUCAAAUUUAAUAUCCUUAUGCAGUUUCAAAUGUCA